CUCGGGGUUACGGGAGGAGUUGGAUUGGUUCUGCAGCGAGCAAGCUUUAGCUACUUUUCAUACUGAAAACAGUUGGAAAAAAUGGUCAAGUCAGAUAUCGUAGACAAUAUCCUUCGAAAUGCAUGUAACAAUUUUGAAGAGGGGACAGGAAGCUCCAGUUGAACGGUGCACUACAUGUUGCAGUAACCUUAAAUACCACUGUCCAUUCUGCACAUCUGAAGUGUACCAUCCAAACGAGUUACAUCAUGUAAAAAACCAUGUGUUCAACCACCUAAGCCUGGCAGUGAAACAUAAAGACUUCAUCAUCGUCAAAUGCAACUUGCACUGCAGAGACCAAGCACAUUUUCAUUGCUGUUACUGCACAGCAACAGUCAUAAGAAAAGUUCAAAUAAUCAAGCAUUUAACAGCAUGCAGAAUACGAUCUUCUACCCCAUCUCCAUGGCCCGGUACAGAAUCCACCUUUGAUACUGAGCCAAUUGUCAGUGAACCAGUGUCCUCCAAAGAGGCAGCUUCCAUCACAGAGCCAGUUUUCAUCAAAGAGCCAGCAUCCGUCACAGAACCACUAUCCAUCACAGAACCGCCGUCUGUCCCAAAGCCAGUGUCUGUCACAGAGCCAGUAUCAGUGAACAAAGUAGUGUCAAUCACAAAAUCUGCCUCUCUAGCAAAGCAUGUUCAUAUGCAGAAAAAAAUUCAGUGUACUCGCUGUGGAAUUACAGUUAACAAAAAAAAUCUGGAUAUGCAUAAUCGAAGAAAACACAGUUUGACGAUGCAUGUAACAGUUUUGAAGAGGGGACAGGAAGCUCCAGUUGAACGGUGCAACACAUGUUGCAGUAACCUCAGAUACCAUUGUCCAUUCUGCACAUCUGAAGUGUACCAUCCGAAUGAGCUACAUCAUGUUAAAAACCAUGUGUUCAACCACCUAAGCCUGGCAGUGAAACAUAAAAACUUCAUCAUAGUCAAAUGCAACUUGAGCUGCAGAGACCAAGCACAUUUUCAUUGCUGUUACUGCACAACAACGGUGAUAAGAAAAGUUCAAAUAAUCAAGCAUUUAACAGCAUGCCAAAGACGAUCUGCUAGACCAUCUCCUAGCCCUCCUCCAUGCUUAUCUAAAGCAUUCACCUUUGUCACAGAACCAUCGUCUGCCACAGAAUUAGUGUACAUCACAGAACCAGAGUCCAUCACCAAAUCAGCCUUACUAGCAAAGCAUGUUCAUAUUCAGAAAAAAGUUUGGUGCACUCACUGUGGAAUUACAGUUAACAAAAAGAAUCUUGAUGUGCAUAUCAGAAGAAAACACAGUCUGAAGGUAAACAGUGUCAGAUAAUACAUCGAUCCACUCAAUGGGACAUUUGCUGUUGAAAAGUCAUUCCACAAACCAUGUACUCCAGUCACUGUCCAGAAGAAGUUGGGUUUGAUAUCAAAAAUUAUCUGUAAAAUGGAUGAUUUUAUUAACAAUGUACACUGGCCAAAAAAAAAAAAAAGUUGUACACCUUUAGCUUUGAUUAUGGCACACAUUCAUUGUGGCAUUGUUUUGACAACCUUGAGCAAUGUGACAACAUGUAUUUCCAUUCAGAAUUGCAUUAAUCUUUGGCCUAGGUCUUGUAUUGAGGACAGGAGAGUCAAACCACUCUGUAAAGUGUUCUCCAGCACAAAGACUUUCAAUGGGGUUAAGGUCAGGACGGUGGUGGCCAAUUCAUGUAUGAAAAUGUUUCCUAAUGCUCCCUGAACUACUCUUUCACAAUUUGAGCCUGGUGAAUCUUGGCAUUGCCAUCCUGGAAUAUGCCUGUUUGGAAAUGCUCUUACAUUCGCUAUUAAACAUAGCCAUUAGUUCUACUGUCGAUUUUAUACAAUGUGACCACCAAGCGUUUUAAAGAUAUCCGGUUUUGAACAUUCAUUUUUCCGACCACAUUUCUUCCUCAAAAUUGACAGUUCAUCACACUCUUUCCAGGUUUUAAUAACCCGCUGGACAGUUAACCCAAUUCAGAAAGGAUUUCAGCAAUCACCUUAGUUGUUUUCGUUGCUUGAUGCAGGCCAAUAAUUUGCAGAUUCUGAAACACAGUAACAUAUUUUCCAUGACUAUGGGAUACGUCUUCUGACAUGGUUGUUUACGAAAUGAGAAGCUACACACUGCAUCAGUUACAGUUAAAAGAAUUGUUGCCAGCUGAAACAUAUUAAUCAGUGCAAUAAUGAUUAGAGAUGCACCGAUGUGUCGGCCGAUAAAGGCUAUUUUUCCCACUUGGAAGUGAGCAGGAGUGAAGCGGGAGUUUCGGCGUUGAGUCUUUUUUUUUUUUUUUGCCACGCUGAAUUAAAGGGCCUGUACACCGUUCCAAGAUUUAAAUGAAGAUGAGUUGACAACAAAGUAUGUAUUGCACAAAAAAAUAUAUUUGUAGAGUACUGUAUUUCAUAUCCAGUUAAUGUUAAUAUAUAAAAAAGUUUAUAUUAUAUAUUACCAGUUUGAUGUCAAUGAUGAAGUAGAAAUGCUUUUGUUUGUGGUGAGUGAAUGUGAGACUAACAGGAGGUUUUUUUAAAUUUAGUCAAUUAAUUCUGUUAAUAUGAAUUAAUAACAUUCAAUAAGUUAAGAAAUCUUAAUUUAUUCUUCAGAAUUUUGUUAAUGUUAAUUUGAGUAAUGUGUUUUCUGUUUAUGAGACCAGGUACUAUGAAACAACUUGUUGAUUGUUGAAAUGGUGAGAAUAAAGUUUUUUUUUUGCAUUUCCUUCAGAA